AUGGAUCUCAAGUUCAACAACUCCAGGAAAUAUAUUUCUAUAACUGUCCCGUCCAAAACCCAAACAAUGUCACCACACAUCAAGUCAAUAGAUGACAUUGUAGUGCUUGGCAUUAAUCUUAGCAGAUUUAGCAAAAUUACUCAAUUUUUCAUAUGCGUUGCUGGGGUUUUUGUGUUUUACCUCAUUUAUGGAUAUUUACAGGAAUUAAUAUUUUCAGUGGAGGGUUUUAAGCCCUUUGGCUGGUACCUUACAUUAGUACAGUUUGCAUUUUACUCCAUAUUUGGUCUAAUAGAACUUCAGCUUGUUCAGGACAAAAGAAGAAGAAUACCAGGAAAAACCUACAUGAUAAUAGCUUUUCUUACUGUGGGUACUAUGGGGUUAUCAAAUACUUCCUUGGGCUACCUGAAUUAUCCGACCCAAGUCAUCUUCAAGUGCUGCAAGUUGAUUCCUGUAAUGCUAGGAGGAGUUUUUAUUCAAGGCAAGCGUUACAAUGUUGCAGAUGUGUCUGCUGCAGUGUGUAUGAGCCUUGGCCUGAUAUGGUUUACACUUGCUGACAGCACAAUUGCACCCAAUUUCAACCUGACAGGUGUGAUCCUUAUUUCCCUGGCACUAUGUGCUGAUGCUGUUAUUGGAAAUGUUCAAGAGAAGGCUAUGAAACUGCAUAAUGCUUCUAACUCGGAAAUGGUUUUGUAUUCGUAUUCAAUCGGUUUUGUAUACAUUUUAUUGGGAUUGACAUGCACUAGUGGAUUAGGCCCUGCAGUAACAUUUUGUUCAAAGAAUCUAAUGCGAACCUAUGGUUAUGCUUUUCUUUUUUCCCUCACUGGAUAUUUUGGAAUUUCCUUUGUUCUGGCUUUGAUUAAAAAUUUCGGUGCACUUCUUGCUGUAACAGUGACAACAGGAAGAAAAGCAAUGACCAUUGUACUUUCAUUUAUAUUCUUUGCUAAGCCAUUCACAUUUCAGUACAUAUGGUCCGGUUUGUUAGUUGUCCUUGGUAUAUUUCUCAAUGUUUACAGCAAAAAUAUGGAUAAAAUAAAACUACCAUCAAUAUAUGAUCUGAUAAACAAAACAGUGGAAGUGAAAAAAUCAAGGACGUUGGCACAAACUGUAUAG